AUCAUCCGCGUCUCUUUCGGCCAUUGCCAAGCAUCGAAUAUACUUUGUUUUUUCUGCUCUUCUUCAACCCAUUUUAAUGCCCACCUCUUUCCGGCAAAAUUUCUAUGAUUUCCGUAACUACCGACAGCGAUCGUCGAUGUCAGCUGCCGCGAUUCGAAAUCCCACCUGUGAUUCAUUCAUUAAUCGCUGCGAAAUGCCUUAACAAUUAAGGCGUACAGACAGACAGACAGUUCCACAGCUUUCCACAGCCCAUCGAUUCGGAAAUUAAUCCCGAAUCAGUCGCCAUUUUUAAAGCGUUUACUUAAAUCUCAAGGAGGUGCACAAAACCUGUUCGAUGAAAUGUCUGUGUCGUGUGGGGUUGAAUGCGUGGUGGUCCUCGGGUGUAUGCGCUGGGCGUGGAAGCGCUGCACCUACAUCGGCUCCGACGACAACGCCACGUGGACCACCGCCACGGCGGAGGAGUUCGAGCCGGUCCCACGCAUCUGCCGGAUCAUCCUCGCCGUCUACGAGCCCGAUCUCCGAUGCCCCAAAUUCGCCCCUCCCGGCGGCUACAGACUGAACCCCGAUUGGGUGAUCAAGCGUGUGGCCUACGAGCAGACCGACGGCCACGCGCCGCCGUACCUAAUCUACAUUGAUCACGACAAGCGCGAGCUGGUUCUGGCGAUCAGGGGACUGAAUUUAGUUAAGGAAAGUGACUACAAGCUGCUGCUCGAUAACCGGAUCGGAAUGCAGAUGUUCGACGGCGGCUACGUGCACCACGGGCUGCUGAAAUCGGCGAUAUGGGUGCUGAAUGCGGAGUCGGAGACGCUGCGGAGGUUGUGGGAGGAGAAUGGGAGGGAGUAUAAGAUGGUGUUUGCAGGGCAUUCUUUGGGGUCGGGAGUCGCGGCAUUGCUGGCUGUGAUCGUCGCGAAUCACGGGAGUAAGUUAGGCGGCGUUCCGAGGAGCUUGGUGAAGUGCUAUGCGGUGGCGCCUGCGCGGUGUAUGUCGCUCAAUUUGGCGGUUAAGUAUGCGGAUAUUAUCGUAUCCGUUGUGCUGCAGGAUGAUUUCUUGCCCAGAACAGCGACCCCGCUGCAAGACAUUUUCAAGUCCAUCUUCUGUUUGCCGUGCUUGUUGUUUCUCGUAUGUCUGAGAGAUACCUUCAUACCCGAAGGCAGAAAGCUCCGAGACCCGAGAAGACUAUACGCACCUGGCCGGAUGUAUCACAUCGUCGAAAGAAAAUUUUGCAGAUGUGGAAGGUUUCCUCCUGAGGUUCGAACAGCCAUUCCCGUGGACGGAAGAUUCGAGCACAUAGUCUUGUCGUGCAACGCUACCUCUGACCACGCAAUUAUUUGGAUAGAACGGGAGGCCGAAAAGGCUCUACAAUGUCUGAAGGAGAAGAAUUCAAACACGAUGACGCCGCCAAUGGUGCAGAAAUUCGAACGGAAGGUGACAUUAGAGAAGGAGCACAAGGAUGCGCUCGAAAGAGCCGUGAGUUUGAACAUUCCCCACGCUGUGGGAUCCGGCGAGGAAGAAAACUCCGGCAACGCCGACGAAGAAAAAUCCGGCAAUGCCGAAGAAGAAAAAUCAUCGCCGGGAAAAGACGUCGAGACGAGCCCGGGUGAUGACGCCGAGCUUCCCCGAGCGAAAGAAAACCCGCCGGGUAGAAAUGGUCGGACCAACUGGAACGAAGUUGUCGAGAAGCUUUUCAAGAGAAGCGACUCCGGCAAGCUGCACCUGAAUCGCGACGCUCCGGCUUGCCGCGACGGCUCGUGACGUUUUCGUAAUGUCGGUACUUACGUACCCGAAAAUCUUGUAGAAAUGUUGUCCAAUUUUCGAUAUAAUUUUUUUAAAUAAAAAAUAAGUA